AUGGGCGCCUGGGCCUUCCCCGCAGCCCUUUUCCUUCUCUGCCUGACUUCCGAGAGCCUGCAAGGGCUGCCCCCGCUGCCUCCUGGCCUGGGGAAAGUCUAUGGCCCCCACAGUGGCCUGGGAGCGGGCUAUGAUGGGGGCGUGAAGCCACAGAAGCCAGGAUUCGUGGUCAGGCAUGGGCUGGGAACCCAGCCAGGGUUCAGGACCUUCCCAGGUGCUGCAGCCCAGCCAGGAUAUGGAGACAGGCUGGGAGCAGGGGCCUUUCCAGUGGCCGGAGCCCAGCCAGGAUUGGGGCGCAGAAGUGGUUUGGGUGCUGGCACUCUUCCAGGGGCAGGAACCCCACCAGGAUACAACAAUGGAAACGGACCAGGAACCCAGCCAGGUCUUGCCGCUCAAAAUGGCUUUGGACCAGGCUUUGGAGGGGGUGGAAAACCCCAGAAGCCAGGCCCCACCGCUCUAAAUGGCUAUAGACCAGGCUAUGGGGGGGCCAUGAAACCCCAGAAGCCAGGAUUCCAAUACAGGAUUGGGCUGGGAGCCCAGCCAGGCUUUAGAGGGGACAUGAAGGCACAGGAGCCAGUCUUGACAGCCCAGAACGGAUUUGGAUUUGGAUUUGGAGCAGGCCUUGGAGGGAAUGUGAAGCCUCUGAAGCCAGGAUAUGGGAAGAGGCUGAGAGCAGGGGCCUUCCCUGGGGCUGGAACCCAGCCAGAAUAUGGCCAUGGAAAUGGACCAGGAGUCCAGUCAGGCCUAGGAGCGGGGAUGAAGCCUCAGAUGCCAGGCCUGGGAGCUCCAAACGGCUAUGGACCAGGUAGGGGCGGGGCUGGGGUUCCAGGAGGUCCAGAGUGGAGGCCUUGGGUCCCUCACUUGCUCCCUUUCUCUCCACCAGGCUAUUUGGGGGUUGCGAAGGCCCAGAAGCCAGCUGCUGGAGAGGGAAUGAAACCGCAGAAGCCAGGCCUGCGAGGGACCAUGAAGCCUCAGAAGUCAGGAUAUGGCCAUGAAAAUGGGCCCUGGCCAGGUCCCUGCAAUGCGAGGGUCGCUCCGAUGCUCCUCCCCAGGCUUCCCACUCCAGGGGUCCCUUCGGACAAAGAGGGUGGCUGGGGCCUGAAAUCCCAGGCCCCUUCCACAGUGCAGAAUGGCAAGUUACCACGUCACCAGCCUCCAAAUGGCUACGGACCAGGAGCAGAACCAGGUUUUAAUGGUGGCCUCAAGCCACAGAAAAUUGGUUUAGGUUAUGGGAAUGGUGUCCUGGGAGCCAGGGUCUUCCCCGAGGCCCACCCACAGCCAGGGUUCCAUGGGGCCAAUGGUUUUAGGAAUGGAGAUAGGGUGGAAGCUCUGGUGUACCCCAAAGCAGCGGCUCCAGCCCCUGAAGGAAAUGGGCAGGCCGGCGUGCUAUGGAACUCUCGCUGGCCCACCCUCCAGGCCUGGGGGGCCGGCUUGAAGCCUGGAUAUCAGGCUGGAGAUGAAUAUGCUGAGGCCAGGAGCCAGCCAGGGGGCCCCGACGUGAAAAGAGGCAGCAAUGGCCAGCUGGGGAAUGGCUACGGAGGCCACUGCCCUCUGGGGAAAUGCUGAGCACUGCAGUGCCCCUACGAGUCCCUCUGCCUCACACCCUCGCCUGCCCAGCAAGGAAGACAGACCCUCGGGCUUGGCCUCCGGUGCUGCCUGGCCGGGGGUCUCCUCCGUGCUAGAACCACAAACGUGCUUCCCUGCUUGCCUCCACGUGCCAUGCAAGGGGCUUGCCGAUCAGGGUGGGAGUGGCAUGGGCCUGCAGCCACCACCCAGCACCUCAUUCAUUCAUUCGACAAACAUCAAUGAGGCCAUGUGCCAGGGACCAUGUUCCCAACAGGAGAAACCAUGAGAAGAAAGCAGACUCGAUCAACGCCUGCCCUCAAGGAGGGCAUCACUUGAUCACCGCCUAGUGGGGGAACCAUAUCCAAGUUAGGAGACUUG